GUGUGUGUGUGUGUGUGUGUGUGUGUGUGUCAGACGGUCAUCAUGGAGACGAGGAACGCUGACGGUACCUGGCCCAGCUCCAGACCUCAGAUCAUGAGAAACUCUGCAGAGGAGCAGGACUCGUACCGGGGACAGCCGGGGGUCUGCGGACUCACCAACCUGGGCAACACCUGCUUCAUGAACUCCGCCCUGCAGUGUCUGAGCAACACCCCCCCCCUGACGGAGUACUUCCUGCAGAGCUCCUACCUGGACGAGCUGAACUUCACCAACCCUCUGGGGAUGAAGGGCGAGAUCGCCGAGGCCUACGCCGACAUCAUCAAGCAGAUGUGGUCCGGCCGCCAUUACUCCGUGGUGCCGCGCGUUUUCAAGACCAAGGUGGGCCACUUUGCGUCUCAGUUCCUGGGCUACCAGCAGCACGACAGCCAGGAGCUGCUGUCCUUCCUGCUGGACGGGCUCCACGAGGAUCUGAACCGGGUCAAGAACAAGGAGUACAUCGAGCUGCGUGACGCCGACGGCCGGCCGGACCGGGAAGUGGCGGAGGAGGCAUGGCGGAACCACCGGCGGCGCAACGACUCGGUGAUUGUCGACACGUUCCACGGCCUCUUCAAGUCCACACUGGUCUGCCCCGAGUGCCACAAAGUGUCUGUGACCUUCGACCCCUUCUGCUACCUGAGCGUCCCUCUUCCUGUCAGUAAGGAGCGCGUCAUGGAGGUCUUCUUCGUCUCCCUGGACCCCCACGCCAAACCGGUGCAGCACCGGGUCGUCGUCCCCAAAGCAGGAAGAGUUUCGGACCUCUGCGCCGCUCUGUCCGACAUGACCAGCGUCCCGCCCACACAGAUGGUCGUCGCUGACGUCUUUAACCAUCGUUUCUAUAAAAUCUACAACCCUGAGGAAUCCCUCAGCUGCAUUCUGGACCGAGACGACAUCUUUGUGUAUGAGCUGAGUCAGGAGGACGAGGACUCGGUGCUGCUGGCGCUCUACCUGAGGGAGCGCUCCCACUACAGGGACUACGGCUCCAGCAGCAACUCGUACGGAACCACGCUGUUCGGACAUCCGCUGCUGCUCAACGUGCCGCGCGGCAGCUGCAGCCAGGAGGCGCUCUACAGCCUGUUCCUGCAGCGGCUGGCGCGCUACGUUCGACCUCCUGACCCCGCCGAGGAGCUGGAGGAGGAGGAAGAGGAGGAGGAGGAGGAUGAAGAGGAGGAGCUGUAUAAGACUCAAACCAACGGCAUCAGUGAUGAUGAGCAGAAUGCCUCGGAGACAGCCGGACCCUCAGAACCAGAACCGUGUUGCAGCAACGCAUCUCCAAACGGCCCGACAGAUGGCCCCGCCCCAGACCCUGACCCAGACCCCGCCCCCUCGGGUCCCGUCGCCACAGCAGGUGACCCCCCUCCUGGGGUCAACCAGAGCCUGGCCUCUCUGGACCAGGGAGACACCGAGGUCGGGAACGGCUCCCUGAACCCGGCCGCCGGCAACCCCGACGGCCUGAGCGCCAGCGGCGAUCUGGGAGCCGACGGCGAAGCAGACGGGAACGCCGAGCCGCCAGCAGAGGCAGCGCAGCCUCCCGGAGAAACCACCGAAGAAGAAAACGAGGCGGACAAGCAGGAGGAAGCCCGCUCACCCAGUCCCCCAGCCAAUGAGUGUCCAGCAAAGAGGCGGGCGUGUCGCAAGAGGAGGCGGAGCCUGUUCACCAUCCAGGCCGUCAACUCCAACGGGACGACCGAGAGAGGGAUGGGAGAGGGAGGGAGCGCCGUGUCCUUCAGCUCUCAGCCGUACGUCGCCAUCGACUGGGACCCCGACAUGAAGAAGAGGUUCUACAACGAAAACGAAGCCGAGCGCUACGUGAAGCACGGCAGCAUGGAGGUGCCGCAGCAGCAGACCACCGUCCAGCUGCAGCAGUGCAUCGAGCUCUUCACCACCGUGGAGACGCUGGAGGAGGAGAAUCCAUGGUACUGCCCAGUGUGUAAGAGGCACCAGCUGGCCACCAAGAAGCUGGACCUUUGGUCGCUGCCGGAGGUUCUGAUCAUCCACCUCAAGCGGUUCUCCUACACCAAGUUCACCAGAGAGAAACUGGACACCAUCGUGGAUUUCCCCCUCAGAGACCUGGACUUCUCCGACUUCCUGCUGAGGAAAGGCGUUUCGCCAGAGGAGCCGCCGAGCCGCUACGACCUCAUCGCCGUGUCCAAUCACUACGGAGGACUCCGAGACGGACACUACACCAGCUACGCCCAGAACAAGGACAACGGUCAGUGGUACUACUUUGAUGACAGCAAAGUGACCCAGGACCAGGACCAGAUUGUGACUAAUGCUGCCUACGUCUUGUUCUACCACCGACAAGACAAGAUCAGGAAGCCCACUCUGCCCGCCCCCUCCAUAAGCUCCGCCUCCGCCUCGCAACCUGCCAACGACAUCACAGAGGCGGGCGCCACGCCUUCCUGCGGCUCCAUGGAUACGGACUGAACGUCUUGCUUUUUCUUUCUUUGACUCUGGACACUCAGGAUGAUUCUGCUCGAUUCGGACCCAAACCCGUCUGGACCCGCGGGUUCAGACGGAGGAAACGGCCCGAAGCCUUUAAGACGCUCUGAAAGCGAGUUUAUUUCUCUUUGAUAAAACACCAACAUUCCACUGGACGCCCGUUUUCCCUGCGAGCCGGAAGGGUUCGGUCCGUUUCCUCCUCUGGAAUUAAACUCUUCAUGAUUUUUCUGUAAAUUUCACUUGAUUGUAGGAAGAAGUCGGCCGGUUCUGGUGAGCAGAACCCGGGCCGAUUAUUUCUAACGACGCUGUCAGGGAUUUUAAACGUCUGUUUGUAUAUUUAGCUUUUCUCCAGAUAUUUAUUUGUAAUGAAUUGUCUAGAUGAUCGGCUGGUGACUGGAUUUAUUUUCAUAUUUAUAGAUUUAUAAAGUCGUAUCGGUCCGGCGGACGGGUGUACAGUAUUUUUGUAAGUAAUGUGAGAUGAAUGGUGUCAGUGGUGGGCGGAGCAGCCGGGAACGCUGGGCCCAUUUCUUUCUUUGUCUUCCUGUCAAAUAUCAGAGGAAAUUAUUUUAUUGUACUUCUAAUCUUUUGAUAUGAAUUAAAGGAUUAUCACCACCA